AUGGACUACACGGCGGGCUUUUCAAUAUGGCUGCAGGAUGCCAUCGGCCAGAUGAUUGGCUACCUGCUUGCCACCCUGUUCUUUGCAUCUGUCUUGGUUAUGACGGUGGCCACGGUCAUCAUUCUGGCUCUAAGUUCUUUGUUUUCGCUGCUGAUCCACGAUUAUGUCAGCAACUCGACCGAGCUGGCAUCUCUGGCGUGCGUGGGAUCGAUGCUGCUGAUCCCGGUACUGGCCCGCGGCAAUCGCGAUGCCUCGCUUGUGGACAUUGCGGCCCUGUUGUCCGGAUCCUUGGCUCGAAGCUGGCAAAGUCGUGGAGUGUUGCUUGCGGUUUGUUAG